UCUGCUCUAAAACCCCUCAAGCUCCGUUAAACCCUCGAUCCUGAAUUGAAACACACGGCUACACCCUCACCCUGUCUAUCUCCACCCUUGCAUUCAAAAUGCACAGGCUAGCUAGGCGCUGCUCUGUUUCUGCUAUGUUGCGUUACGGUGGCGCCCGUCAUCGUAACAUUGCUGCUCCACUUUCCUCCUUUUCAUACAUCACCUUGGUCAAUGAGAAUGACACCAAAGCUAGAUCGUAUUCUGUGUUAAGUUCAGAGAAUUCUAGCACCAUUAAAUCCACGAAUCUGCCAAAUCUGAAAAGAGAUUUGCUUCUGGGCAAACGAUACGAAACAACUGCUGCAGCAUCUGAUGCAUCCAGUUCGCCACCGGCUGAAAAAUAUGAAUACCAAGCUGAGGUCAGUCGACUCAUGGACCUCAUUGUUAACAGCUUAUACAGUAAUAAGGAAGUUUUUCUUAGGGAGCUUAUCAGCAAUGCAAGUGAUGCAUUGGAUAAACUGCGGUUUCUUAGUGUUACUGAGCCUGAACUUUUGAAGGAUGCUGUUGAAUUUGAUAUUCGAAUCCAAGCUGAUCAAGAUAAUGGGAUUAUCACUAUUACUGAUACAGGUAUAGGUAUGACUAGGCAAGAACUUGUUGAUUGUCUUGGAACUAUUGCACAAAGUGGGACUGCAAAGUUUUUGAAGGCUGUGAAGGAUAGCAAGGAUUCUGGUGGUGACAGCAAUUUAAUUGGUCAAUUUGGUGUGGGAUUUUAUUCAGCUUUUCUGGUUUCUGAUCGGGUGGUUGUGUCAACUAAAAGUCCAAAAUCUGAUAGACAAUAUGUUUGGGAAGGAGAAGCAAAUGCUAGCUCUUAUACCAUACGUGAGGAGACUGAUUCUGAGAAGUUAAUUCCUAGAGGAACUCGCCUUACAUUGUAUCUCAAGCGAGAUGACAAAGGUUUUGCACAUCCUGAGCGUAUUCAGAAACUUAUAAAAAAUUAUUCCCAGUUUGUCUCAUUCCCAAUAUACACCUGGCAGGAGAAAGGUUACACCAAAGAGGUUGAGGUUGAUGAGGAUCCUGCUGAAGCCAAAACUGGUGAGCAAGAUGAGAAGGCUGAGAAGAAGAGAAAAACUAAGACUGUUGUUGAGCGAUAUUGGGAUUGGGAGCUCACCAAUGAGACUCAACCUAUUUGGCUUCGGAACCCUAAAGAUGUUAAUAAGGACGAGUACAAUGAAUUCUAUAAGAAAACAUUUAACGAAUACCUGGAUCCAUUAGCAUCCUCACAUUUUACAACAGAGGGUGAGGUAGAAUUUAGGUCCAUACUUUUUGUUCCUGCUAUUGCUCCCUCAGGGAAGGAUGACAUCAUAAAUCCCAAGACUAAGAAUAUAAGACUCUAUGUGAAGAGAGUGUUCAUUUCAGAUGACUUUGAUGGGGAAUUGUUUCCCCGAUACUUGAGUUUUGUCAAAGGUGUUGUUGAUUCAAAUGACCUUCCCCUCAAUGUUUCACGGGAAAUUCUUCAGGAGAGCUGCAUAGUUCGGAUUAUGAGGAAGCGGCUAGUACGCAAAACUUUUGAUAUGAUUCUUGGUAUAUCCUUGAGUGAGAAUAGAGAGGACUAUGAGAAGUUCUGGGAGAACUUUGGGAAAUAUUUGAAAAUGGGAUGCAUUGAAGAUCGUGAGAAUCACAAACGUAUUGCUCCAUUGCUUCGGUUUUUCUCAUCCCAGAGUGAAGAUGAAAUGAUCAGCUUGGAUGAAUACGUUGAGAACAUGAAACCUGAUCAAAAGGAUAUCUAUUUCAUUGCUGCUGACAGUGUGACCAGUGCAAAGAACACUCCUUUCUUGGAGAGACUUCUGGAGAGGGAUCUUGAAGUUUUGUUUUUAGUGGAUCCUAUUGAUGAGGUUGCGAUCCAAAACCUGAAGUCAUACAAGGAGAAGAAUUUUGUUGACAUUAGCAAGGAAGACUUGGAUAUAGGUGAUAAGAAUGAGGAAAAGGAAAAGGAGGUGAAGCAAGAAUUUGGUCAAACUUGCGAUUGGAUUAAGAAACGUUUGGGAGAUAAAGUUGCAAAUGUACAAAUCUCAAAUCGACUGAGCUCUUCCCCUUGCGUCCUGGUGUCAGGGAAAUUUGGUUGGUCUGCAAACAUGGAAAGGCUUAUGAAGGCGCAAACUAUGGGUGAUACUGCUAGCUUGGAGUUCAUGAGAAGCAGAAGGGUGUUUGAGAUCAACCCUAAUCACCCUAUUAUCAGGAAUUUAAGUGCUGCAUUCAAAUCAAACCCUGAUGACCAAGAUGCCCUUAAAACUAUUGAUCUCCUUUAUGAUGCAGCGUUGGUUUCCAGUGGUUUUACGCCUGAGAAUCCAGCUCAGCUUGGAGGAAGGAUAUAUGAGAUGAUGGGGAUGGCUAUCACCGGCAAGUGGUCAGAUCCUGGUCAGGCUCAGCACACUGAAUCGCAGCCCCAUGCUCCCGAAAUUGUAGAAGCUGAGGUGGUUGAACCUGCUGAGGCUGGCAGUCACAAGUGAGAACUGACAUGAAAAGUUCGGUUUUUCCUGCACCGUACCUUCUCAUCGCAGCAUUGUACAAGAACCAUAGCUAAGUUUUAUACGUAUCCUGAGGAUUUUUCUAUUUAAUACAUUUCCGAGGGCAUAUUUCAAUUCAUCAGUACUAAGCUACGAUAUCUUCUAGUUCUCGCA